AUGGCAAUCUCGUUUCGCCGUCUUCUUUCCCUUGUCCCCCUAGGACUAGUCCCUUCUGCGGCAGCGACAUUUCGCCCACGUAUUCUCGCCGAUACCAACCGAGACGGCGUCGUCAACCACCUAGACGAGCCCCAUAAACACGACUGGACCGCUUCUCGCGGGGCCAUUUUUCUGCCCAACAUCGGUGAUUCCACCCACCGAUGCCCGGCAGUUGACCUGACCGGCGCCCCCCUCUCCAACGAUGAGCUAUGGCGCUGCCAUGAUGCUUCAGGAGGCCGUCUUCUGCCCUCGAGUGCCAAGUACGCCGCACCGCUGCUGACCGUUCCACUGCCGGACGUUUCCGACGCCGCGGUGGGGCGCAUCUACACGGAGCCUGCCCACACCCGCGACCGCGUGCGCUUGUUCUGGAAGGAAAACGACUGGAGCACCGGCUACUCGGACGUGUGGGCAACCGUAGACCGCCAGGUUACGUUCAACGCAACCAGUUUGCGGAAGGGUAUCACGCUUGCCAUGGAUGGGCGCGAGCUGGUCACGGAUGCGGAAGUCUGGGAUGGGUCGGUCAAGGUUGUUUUUGAGGUGACAGACGGUGGCCGAACAGCCCGCGAUUUUGUCGCGAUGAAACAGGCUCCGGUAUUGCUGCAUCACCACCUACAACGUGCCGAAGUUGUUCUCAGCACCGCAGCGGGCGAUAACAAGACCAUCGGUUCCUCCUGGCAAGCCCAUUUUCUCCGUGGUCUCGAGAAAGCGAUCGACGGUGACGUCCCCAUCGUCCUAUUCAACCAGAGCACCGACAUCUGGGCGCAGGACUUCCUCGAGCCAGGGUACGCCAGCAUGCCCGGCCCGGACGGCCCCAUCUCCAUCCGUAUCCUCCUUCGCUCUGCCCAAUCCACAAGGGAAGCAGGACGGCAAGUCUUUUCCCAGCUUCGAAGCGCCGGGAUCGGAGGGUUCCAACCCGGCUCCGGUUCCGGGUUCGGCUGGGAAGAGAUCAACUCCGGCGGCAACAUUGAAACAAUCCCUCCAUACACCUCCCGCACCGGCAAGCGCUGGCCCAACGGCCGUGUCAUCAUGGGCCAACACUUCGGCACCUACCCCGCCGAAUCCAUGGUCAAAUUCCUCCAAAGCCAACAAGCCCAAACCCCCCUCUUCCUCGAAACCGGCUGGCUCGCGGUCGGCCACGUCGACGAAAUGGUCCAAUUCCUCCCCACCACCACCACCCCCCUCAACUUCACCCUCGCCAUCGCCGACACCACCGCCGCACUCACCCUCCUCCAGCACGCCAACGCCUCCGGCCACGGCAGCACCCCCUUCGUCUCCUACGCCGGCGACGCUACCCCCGACGAACUCACCCUCUUCCUCGACCCCACCCUCCUCCACAACACCACCACCAUCGCCUCCAUCCUCUCCUCCCCCUCCUUCCUCACCACCCAAGCCCACGCCCAGCACCACCUCGACGCCACCCUCACCACCCUCCUGCGCGAGCUCCCCCUCCGCGAAACCGACAUCCUCCGCGUGCCCACCCUCUUCCACGACGUCACCUACCCGUGGCCGACCACCCCGGACGGCCACCCCUCGCGCCUGGCGCGCGCGCCGGCGAGGGAGAGACAACUGAAGGGGCUGGUGCCGCAGGCGAUUAAUGGGCUGGUGGUGGGGGGUGGUGGGAGCGGGAAGUACGUUGCGCCGCGGCAGUGGGGGCCGGUGGUGGGCGGGAGGGAUGUUUUUGGGGAGGCGGUGGAGGAGGUGUAUGGGCGGGUGGGGAUGCGGGUGGUGUGGGUGGAUGAUUAUAUGAGUCAUCAUGUGAGGGGGGGAGAGCGAAUCCAAGAUUUAUUCUUCUUGCCUAACGAGUCCAAGCUAAUGAUGGUCCGCGUAAACCUUGCCAACCCAGGGGGAGGCACUAGCCCCGUUAAACCAGAAGGGUCUGCCAGGUUCCUGGGAGUCUGGUUGGACUGGAAACUCAACUGGAAGGCUCACCUGGUGGCGGUGGAGAAGAAGCUGAGGACCCAGAGCUAUGCCCUGUCGAGGAUCGUGGCAAAGACGUGGGGAAUGGGGCUAGCCAAAGCGCGAGAAGUGUACACAAAGUGCAUCCGGUCGGCGCUGGCCUACGGCGCAUCAUCGUUUCACAUCCAUACGGAUGUGGGAGGCGAGCCGGUAAAGAAAGGCAUCACUAAGGCCCUCGGGAAGGCCCAGAACAAGAGCUUGCGGAUUGUGGCGGGAGCCUUUAAAUUUCGAAAACCGACUCCAACGACCCGAUCUGACGACGGUCGAGGCGGCAAGAAGACGGCGGCGAGCGUUGUCCUCACCGCCUGCCGCAAGAUACAGCAAAGACUUAGCUCGAGGAGGGGCAACAGGGGCCGACCGCGAACCUUGGGACCUCAAGGGCCUACGGCGGUGGAGAGAGCCGCGGGUACGGUCAUGCGCUGGGCGGGGGGAACCGUUGAUACGAACAGGGUAGUAGAAGAGGCUUGGAAAGCGAGGUGGUUAAAGGAACGGGACGGCAGGGCAGUCACCAGGCCGGCGGACGACUUUGACCAUCAGCAGGAGACGCUAUUCCGGAACGAAACCCUAAGGAGGCACGACGGUCUUAGCAAGGCGAAGAGCUCACUGCUGAUUCAAAUCCGGACGGGAGCAAUAUGCUUACGGGACUUCUUGUUUAAUUACACGGGGAGUCCCGGAGGUUCUGACUCCUGCCUGCGAGUGUGGCGAAGGACGAGAGACUGCCGAACACCUGGUAGUGUGGUGUGUAGCCCCACCGUUGACUCGAAGAUGGGAGAGACCUGGGAUUCGGACACGACGGGACUUUUACUCUGUUCUACACGGCAUCAAUCCCACGACUGCACGGCUCGCGAGGAGGAUCCUCGACUGGCUGAUGGACUCGGGGAAGCUGCCGAUGUACAGCUUAGCCAGGAGGCUCGAGCUGGAAGCGGCGGCCUGAAACGCCCCCGUCCGGAGGCCAGGAGGCCUCCUCUCUUUGUAUACGCAGACUCACCAGAAGGCAUCGUUCCUUGA